CGACUCUGGUCUAAAACUCUAAAAACCCUAUCUUCUUCGUUCUAAACCCAAAACACACACAAAACAAAAUGGUGCUACUUCUCCGAUAUCGAUCCUUAACGAUAAAUCUCACUCCUCUAAUACCCAAAUCUCAAAAAUUCCACACUCUCCAAUCAUUUCGUAACCCUAAUUUCAUCUCCAUCCCAAAAAUCUCAGCCUCCACGAACAAUCCAACAACAACAACGAAUCGGUCGAUCUCCGACGCGACUAAAUUCGCUAAGUCAGUGUUAUUCAUACCUCCUGGUGUAGAGAUUGAGGAACUAACAGAUGAUAUGGUUCUUCCGGGUUCAAAUAUCGUAAUCGGACCUUUUGCGGGUCAUUCACAAAUCAAAGAAGUUGAAUUUGUUAAAAGUAGUGCUCGUGCUAGAGAUUGUCCUAAAGAUGAUCGUCCUGAGAUUGCGAUUUUGGGUCGUUCUAAUGUUGGCAAGUCUUCGCUUAUCAAUUGUUUGGUUCGUAAGAAAGAAGUUGCUCUUACUUCUAAGAAACCUGGGAAGACUCAGCUUAUAAAUCACUUCUUGGUGAAUAAGAGUUGGUACAUUGUGGAUUUGCCUGGUUAUGGAUUUGCUAAAGUUUCAGAUGCUGCGAAAACAGAUUGGUCUGCGUUUACUAAAGGUUACUUCUUGAAUAGAGACAGUCUUGUUUGUGUUCUACUUCUCAUCGAUGCAAGUGUUCCUCCUCAGAAGAUUGAUCUUGAUUGUGCUAAUUGGCUUGGUCGCAACAAUGUACCGAUGACUUUCGUGUUUACGAAAUGCGAUAAAAUGAAAGCAACGAAAGGGAAAAGACCUGAUGAGAACAUUAAAGCUUUCCAACAAAUCAUUAGAGAGAAUUUUAAAGUACAUCCUCCUUGGAUUUUGACGAGUAGUGUAUCUGGUUUAGGCAGAGACGAGCUUCUUCUUCACAUGUCGCAGCUGAGAAACUACUGGGAUCAAUAGGUAGCGCGUAAAUUUCGUAAACAAAUGUUCGAAAAGGUCGGUUUUGAAUCAUUGGUUAUAUCAAAUUGUAGUUUUGUAAUGUAACAGUAACUUUUGUAUUUAAAGAUAAGAUCAUAAAGUGUUACUACUACAGUUCUAAUUCUGAUGAAACAAAUUCAUGAAUUGCCGAAAAAUUGGCAAGAAUAGCUUCUUUCUUGCUACCAUCUUGAUAGAUUAGCAGGACUAAGCAGAGGGAAAGCUUCCCAGAACCGAGAUGACGAAGGUGAAAGAUCAAACGCGAACGGAUUAUCCUUAGCUGUUGUUGUAUCAUCAGAAAUCUUGACUGGUUUAGCUUCAACUUGAUGUACCUCUUGCUCAACGUCUUCUGCACCAGUUAGCCUCUGAACUAACUCCUUGAAGUUAACAGGCUCGACUCUGUAAACUUUAGGAUGCAUCCUCUGAGGCAAGCCCGUUACGGGUUUUUUCCAUGGCUUUGCCGGUUGCUUACGGGUCGAAUGAAGUGAGGAGUUAUGAGAGAAACAUGGUUGUGAAGUAGCUUCCAUGACGAUCAGAAGUUUCUGUAAUACACAAAUGAUUUGAAGCGAAGUGUCUUACCUUGAUGGCUUUGUGUGUACACAUAUAAGUAUUUAUAAGUGUGUGGACGGCAUUAUUAUGUCAACGUUUUGAAGCGUGUAAGUCAUUUUGGGUUUUAUGAUCUUCUUUUGCGGCUUACUUGGUUUUUGACUUUUAAGUGAAAUGAAUGGGAACGAGAUGGGAUGAUUCAUGGAAUUGAAAUGUCA